ACGCACACUGGCUGUGUCCUAUACAUAUUCCAUAUACCCUAUUAGACUUUUUGUUCAUACACUCGACAGCUAGUCUGCUCGUUCAUUCACCUUAUUCACCUCCAUUCACCUUCAUUCGCCUUCAUUCCCAAUACCUAUCCAUCUUUCACCAAGUCAGCAUCAUCAUGUAUACCCAGGCAAUCAUCCUCCUCGCCAGCGUCCUCGCCACGACCGUGUCGGCAUCGUGCAUCCACAACACCUCCCUGAAGCCGCGGGCAGAAGGAGAAGUCCCGAUCUCGACCUUUGGAUACACUGGCACGCAAGGGCCGUUCAACUGGGCCGGUCUCGACGCAGCCAACAUAGCCUGCUCGACCUCGCAAGUGCAAUCACCGAUCAACAUCGACACCGCCACAGCACAGAAGCUCACGACCGCGCCAACCGUGAAGCUCAACAAUGUAGCCACCGCCGAAUUCGAGAACCUGGGCACGACGGUCGAAGUCCUCGCCACCGGCACGACGAUAAUCGGAAACCAGUCCUUCAACCUUGCACAGUUCCACUUCCACUCGCCCAGUGAACACCGCAUCAACGAGGAGUACUUUCCGCUCGAGAUGCACAUGGUGCACGAGGCCGCCAAUGGUGAUAUCGCCGUCAUCGCCGUCAUGUUCCAGCUAUCGUCUAACUCCAGCACCGAGCUGCUGAAGUCCGUCACCGAGAACAUCGGCGCUAUCAAGGAGCCCGGAACGGUAACGGAGACUGGCGCACUCGACUUCGCCGAGCUGCAGAAUCACAUUGCCACCUCGCAGCUGUUCACCUACACUGGCUCGCUCACCACCCCGCCGUGUGCAGAGGGCUUGACUUUCAUCAUCCCCCAGGAGCCCAUGGCCCUCGAUGUCGAGACGUUCAAUGCAAUCAAGGCGACUGUCAAGUUCAACUCGAGAUACACCCAGAACGGUCCUGGCAGUGAGAACAUCUUGGAGCUCGGCUGUAAUGCCGCCGACUCAGCACGCAAUGCGCCCCCUGCUUCCUCGACCGCCGCUGAAGGUGUCGCUACCGAAUCUGCCGUUGCCACCUCGAGCGCUGCCGCGACCACUGACGCCGGCACGACCGAAUCCGCCGUCGCCACGGAAUCCGCCGCUGCGUCUGCAUCCGCAACCGCCGCCCCCAUCGGAGAAGACGCCGCACCCGGGGCUCCGAUCACAGAGGAGGAGAUAGUCCACUGCAUUGCUGGAGCGUGCACGAACCGCCCGGCACGGAUGGCGAAGAGGAGCCGGUGGACUCGGUGGGCCAAAUACUAGGUGGAUUGGUAGCAUUUAGACCGAUCUGAAGGAGUCUGGGUAUUCUUACGUAUAUACUAUGGGGAUGAAGGUUUUUUUUUCUCUUUUUUCGGCUGGUUGUGGUCUGUGGAAAUUGAUACCCGUGGAGUUGUGAGCUGGGGACAGAUGGGAGCAUAAGAAGGGAUGAAUAAAAGAAGCUGUCGAACUCUGUACUCGUUUCUGGGACCUGUAGACCGAGAUAGUUCACAGACUGCAACUGUAAUUAGUGAAGUCACGUAAGAGAGAGAACGUCAAUUUAUCGUCG